AUGAGCGGUGUUCUUGCUUCAACCUCCAACGCGGCGGGUGCCAGCGUCACCUCCACGACAAGAGUUCCCUCUAGCAGUACUCGUGGGCAGGCAGGACCUCAGGCCGACCAAAAUGGAUUCCCCCCGCUCAAGGAGAACGAGGUGGAACUCGUCAUAAAGCGGUUCUGGCGUGAUACUAGACCUCGCGUAUGCGUCCGCAGUGAUGUGAAGAACGUCCGAGGGUUCAGCUUUAGGCUUCUUGUCUGGCCUCAAGGAUCCAAAUCCUCUCACAAUCACCUCUCGGCAUUCGUGGAAGUCGUGCCACCUCAGAACGUGAACUCCACUACUGCGAGUAGCGGGGGCAAUGGGCCUGUUGAUGCUGGGGAUGCCAGCGAUAGAGAGAGUAGUGCUCAGAUACGCUCGAAGGGUGGUAGUGGCGGUGUCUUCGGUGGUGCUCUCCUCUCCAACGUCUUGGCCACAGACCAUAUAAACUCCCUUCUGCAGAGCCUCUACUACAUCCCUGCAGUCCGCAAGGCUAUCUACAGUAUCGACACCAAGCCUAGCAGCGGACCAGACCUAGACGCGACCUUUAGGAAUGGAAUACCGGAUCUGGGAUGUGAGGACUCUGAGGCGGCCGCUUGCAUUGAGGAAAGGGUAGAAUCACUACACUCUAUUGAAGGGGACCUAGAGGGAGUAUGCGGGGAUUUGAGAAUGAUAAUGGAGUUGGUGACAGGAAAAUCGGAGUAUGCUCGGGUUGCCGAGAGGGAGCUGUUGUCGUCGCAAAGGCGUCCGGCAACACCGGUCGCUGGAGGGCGCGGGAGCUCGGGGGCCAGUGAUAGAGGUGCGAGGGCCGCUAGGAAGUUCGAGGAGAUGGAGAGACACUUACUGGGAAGAUUCAGGAAGUCCCGCGUUGUGAUCGAACAGCUGAUGGAGAUCGUUGACGAGCUGCUGUCAUGCGAGAAGAGGAGGAUUUCCCACCCGAGAUUUGGGGAGCUCCAGAAGCAUCAACUUAUGCUAAGGAGUGUUAUGCGGAAGCUAAAUAAGUGUGUCGACUAUAUGCUGCACCAACAGCAGCUACUUCGGGAGGAAAUCGUGGAGUACUUGAAGAAAAGGAAGGGAGAGUCUGAUGAUAAUGGGGACCAGGGGGAUGAUGGAGGUGACCCCAAGGAGUCGCCUCCGCCGCAGCCGUGCCUCAUUCGGGAGCUACAGCUGUUGUUUGCUCGUAUGGAGAUGCAACAGGACGAGAGUGGCAUCUGUCGUAUAUGCAACGGAUCCAACGGGCCUAGGGUGAUCGACACUUCGGGGGUUAUUCGGGCCUUGGGUCUCGAUGGGCCCAACUGCACUGUGUCACCUGAGAGGAUCUACUCUAGCUUUUUUGAUAAGCUUCAGAAGCACGCUAGUUUGAUUUCUAAGGCCGCAUGGGAGCGCCUGGCCGACCUCUUUCAAGGAUGGGCAGUGUACUCUCCUUCUGGCCAGGACUCGGAAGCGAGGUCGACUGCCUCUGGAAGGGGCCAUCACCAUGGUCAUCACGAGGACCGGGACUCUGCGACGUCAUCUUCCUCGUCUGGACCAACGACCAGUGAGGCUUAUUCGUUCAGUCAUUUACGCUUCAACAACGGGAAGAGCAGCUCUAUCGAGAAGCACCUGUCUUGUUGGACGCAGAACCCUACUAACACUGCUGAGCAUCGCCAUACUAGUGCUGGUGGGACUUGCUGUGGGGUCCAUGCUCCUGCAGCUGCAGAUGGGGUCAUUGUGGGUGGAGGAGGGGAAGAGGAUGCAAGUGGGAGUAAGCGCUCCUGUCAGUUCAUCAACAUCCCUCCUAUACUUCAUCUGCAGUUCAUCAAUAAGAUCAAGGAGAGGUUGGACAUUUCGGAACAGCUCGAUUUCACGCCCUAUAUGGACCCGGUAGUAGUGGAAGCUGCCAACCAGCGAUACCAGCAGCUGGGCCGAACGGGCUCACUCUUAACAUCGCCUGGUGGGGAGGAUGGGAAGGGGGGCAGCAGCGAGAACGAUGAUGUAUGUGAUCGGGAUAGCACUGGGAGCUCGGGGGGAGAUGACAGCCCAGAUGUCGCCUUGUCCUCAAGGCACAUUGAUGGGAGCCGUGCCGCGACCUCUGAGUUCCGCUAUCGCCUCCACUCUGUUACCUUCUCCACGAACGUAUGUGGAGCCACGGAUUCUGAGGACCUGGCUGUUGGGCAUUACUACGUCCUAGUCAGGCAGAGUCGGAGGGGACGGUGGUGUCGGAUCGAUGAUGGCUACAGGGAGGUCCUCCAAGACGGCUUCCACUGCACGGAGUGGGUCUUCUCACCGGAGUGGGCAUGUGUAGGGCUGUGCUACGUCCGAGAGGAUCAGGAGGACCGCCUUUAUGAGCGCGGGGUGGACUUUAGGCACAUUCGUCCUAGCCUGUACGCUGAGGUGACAGCGGGUCUUCCUGCGAGGAAUGGUCCCCACAAGCCUAUCCAUCUGCAGUGUCACCAGCUAGUGGCACGGGAUCAUGCACUGCACCCUGCGGCUCACUCGCCGCUCAUCUACGAUCAGCUCGCCUUAGCACAGGGUAGAGCUGACCAAAACGGACAGUCCAAUCAGGAUAUGGAAGCUGUUGCCUUAGCAGCUGCAGCAUCCGCGUCCCCACAGAUCGAGGUUACUCUAGUCACCGAGGGCCAGCUGACGAAUGUCGAUGGUUACUACCUUAACGGUAUGUUCCCGCAUAAGGGGAGGAAGUUCUUGGUGAGGAAGGACAUCCCUGUGGAGAGAUUGAUGAAAGCGGUGGAAGAGCACUUCAAAAUUCCAAAGCAUAUGCAGAGGCUCUUUGCCUUGCGGUAUUAUUCUGAUACGCAUCAGGAGAGGUUUGAGCUGAUGACCCCGUCCAGGAUGGGGGCGGCAGCUAAGAAGCCGCCACAGCAGCAGCCCCAGGUGGCGGCAGCACCGGUACAGCAAAAGCAGUUGUCGACCAGACGCGAGAGGCUGGGGCAGCAGGCCAACUCUAACAUAAUAGGCCAUGUUGUGGUAUGUGCUGGGCCAUGCCUUCACACGAGAGGCAUCUCACUUGAAGACGCUGCGGCUGAUAUCGAUAGGGUUGAUGACGCUGGAUACGCGCUGUCGGCUUCGGGAUUACUUUCCCGCGAUGGAGCUACAAUAGCCGAGGCAACAGCAGCAACAGCUGAGGAUGACCCUGAUGCUGUAGAGGUGUGGGAGGAAGUGAAUGUACGUGAGGCUGUGAAGCGAGAUGUGGAUCGCACAGUGAAGGAGGAGAAGAUCAUCGAUGGGGAUAUCCUCAUCUUCAUGUCGCCAGGCACUAUCCAGCAAGACAGUGUUCAUGCAGAGACUCCCGCUCCCCCACCUGAUGCUGCCUUGCCUGACGCCCUCCCCGCUGUGACUGCUGUGAAGAGAAAGAUAUUGGUCCCAAGGACUAGUUCACUCCUAGCCGCUACUACACCGGGCGGCACGCUCUCGGCGACGCAGUUGGCGGCCACCCUUGGUGCUGCUACUCCUGGGGAGCUGAGAGUAGCGGAGAGGUACAUUGCCGAGGCAGCGGCUAAGUUGGAUGAUGCUAUGGAGGGUCUGUGCAACGAGCACCAGCGUCAGAUGGCUCCGGCUAGGCCUCAGGCUAAGGCGCCGAGGAAGCAGAGUGUGGGAGAAAAGCCCCCAGUAGUGGAAGCAGCAGCAUCAUCUAAUGCAGACAAGGUUGACGCAGAGUCUUCCGCGGUGAAGGGGAAGGUUAUCGACUCUGGCUGGCAUGUUACUCACACUACCGGCAGUAGUGUUCUCACUGGAACCAUAGGCAGACAGCUGACCCCAGAGCAGCUCAUCGAUUCGGCAUCAGUGGAGACUAUCCAAGAACACGUCCGUAGGGUGGUCCAAGGCCCUAGAUGCUUCAAGUGUGACAUGCCGCUUGGCACGGCUCUGCAUCCUGCUAGGGUUCGCUGCAGCGAGGGCUGUCACCCCGAGCGCGCCUUUCACGACAUGUGCAUCCAAAACCUCGUCCGGGACCGUCACAGUGAGGACUGCGUAUACACCUCGGGGUGCUCAGGCAAGCUCAUCUGCACGCCCAGACACGUCAUCAGCGGCCUUAUCAAGAAGGAUGCUAGGCUCUCGAUGAACGUGCUGAAGCAGAAGUUCGCCACUGUGUUGCCGACGCCGCAAGUUAUGGCGGCCUCGAGUAGUGUCUCCAACGCGCCCCCACUACCAUCACAGAUCGAACAGGCUUGGACUGGUAGCCUUUCUGGUGCGUCUAGGAAGGGCGGUAGGAGGAAGGGUUCCAAGAAGAAGAAUAGUUCAUCUUCCCAUAACAACGAGGUUACUACCGCCAGUAUACCCAAGGACCAGUUAUGGUGGCACGCUUGUAUCCAGGCAUGGGGGUCGGUCGACGAGUUGAACAAGUGGAUGGCCGUCUAUUGUGCCUCCUCCGAGCCUGACACCAAGGCAUGGCAGCAGAAUACUGUGAGCAGGGCCAAGUCGAUCUAUGCUCAGUGGUUGUUGGUCCUCGAGACCCGUAUAUCAGAGAGGGAUCGUAAGCGGGCAUUGGAGUUGGCGAAUACGGCCAAUGCGGGAGGUAAACACCAGACGGUGCAGCAGCCGCAGGCUCGGAAGCAGCAGACCAGGAAGAAGAAGAAGGCUCCUAGUGCGCCGACGGCCACUGAAGUGACGGAUGAUAAUGAUGAUUCCUCCAUGGGCACCAGUGGGAAGGCCGAGGCCUCAUCUGUGACGGGGAGCGACUUAGACGAGAGCGGUGAGGAAGAUGGCGAUCUUAAGCUUAUCGUGCAUAGCGGUAAGUAUAAGCAUUCUGCGACGGAGAGAGCGGCCUCGUCGCUCCAGCCGCCUCCCGUGGUAGAACCACCGGCAGCGGCCAUCAACCCAACAGAGGCAGUGCAGCGAUCGGCUGACAUGAUGUGGUGUUCGGUACAGAGUAAGAAGAAGCGCCAUCAGCAGUUAGUGGCCGAGCAGAAGGCGAGAGAGGCAGAGCAGCAGCAACAGCAACAACAGCAACAGCAACAACAGAAGAAGAAAAAUGAGGCGACGGCGGCGGCCUCACAACAGAAGGUGUCAAAGGAAGAGCCACCUAAGCCGACACCGCAGGUGGCCACUCCCGUUGUCCCUACCCCAGGGCGGCGCUCUAAGAAGAUCCCACCACCUAUUGAGACCAAGUCCCCUUCACCGCCUGCCCGUAGGGUAGCUGAUGAUUCACCGGGGAGAAGGAAAGAUCAGAGCAAGCCCGAGAAGACGACCAAGGUGGAUAACUUGAUACCGUUAUCGCGGUCGCCGGCAACGCCUAAAGCGAAGAGUCCGGCGACAUCUCCUCCUCCAGUGUCACCGCCUCCGCCUCCUCCUCCUCCUCCACCUCCUCCACCGCCUCCGCCGCCACCACAGGAACCACCUGUUGGGGAGACUACUCCAUGCGGACAGGCCGACGACACGCCUGCGCGCCCGAAACUGGCCGGGCUGCCUCUCCCUGCAACUCCAGCGGUUAAGGCGCAUCAUCAUCAUGGUCCUGCAUCGGCUCCAGCAGUGAUUCGCCCGACGUCGGCAACGUCCGCUGACAUGACGUCCGAUACGUCACCGUCCCGCAGCGUUUGGGAACCCAUUCCCAACGCUGAGUGCUCCUCUUUCGCCCCCUUCCCAAAUCCGGAUGCAUCGGCCUGGCUCCGUGGCCCUGCUUCUACUAUACCGGAGCCUCUAUGGGGUCCACCCUCGAUAAGGGAAGAUCCCUGGAGAGGACCUCUCUUUGGUCAGCAGCAGCAGCCGGGUUUUCGCAAUGUCCACCCCUUCAUGAACAAUGCUUUCCCGUCGGCAGCUCCCUUCCCUGCCUUCGGGUCUAUGGGGAUCAAUGGGCGCUCGAUGGCUGACGGCUAUGGUAUGUCCUUUAACGAGGCCAACAUUGGUGUUCCACCUGACUCCUCUUCGGCUGCCUCGACAACUACGAUGUUCCAAAUUCGAGUGAAAAAUUUGAUGCCCGAAAUACGACGCUUCGCUCUGCCGGCCGAUAAACUUUUCGUCUCGGGUGAUGAGGACACUGUUGGAGAAAGCGCCUGUGUUAUGGUGAGAUGUCCCCUUGAUGGCGACUGUGAAUGGCAGAGGCAAACGCUGGUCAAUCUAACUGAUGGUCGAGUCUCCGAGAUAUAUGUAACACCAGUGACCAGUGGCUCUGGUGGCGGCGGCCGCUCGAGUGUCACUGCCCUGCAGUGGUUCCUUCAACUAGGCUCGAAUAAGGAAGCCCAGCGCGUGAGGAGGUGGAUCGUCGCCUCCCAUGCGGCAUGGCAAGCGACUAUAGGCCAGAUGACUGAUUGUUCAGUAUACGGCUUCAACCCGAAUGCUUGCCCAAUCUCUGAUCCCGACUCGCCGACUAUGAGAGCCACCAACUACUGGGUCUUCGGUGAUGACCUUAACGAUGAUUUCACACCAUUCAGUGAAGAGCCGGACGCUCUGUGUAGGAUCCGCACCUAG